AAGGGUGAGCUCAGCGACGGUACGGAGCAUCGAGCAAAUCAACUACAAUGAUCUCCAACGUCUUCUGCCUCUUGUCUGCUCUCGUCGCCUGCGCUGCGGGAAUGGCCGUGCCCAACGCAGCCCCGUCUCCCUACGCAAACGCGACGGCGCCCGCCACCCCGGCAGGGUACAGCUACGGCUUCCAGAACCUCACCUGCGCCGUGCAAAUCACGCAGCCGGCCAAUGCGUACGAGACGUUCGCUCUGGUCGAUUCUGCGCAGGCCUGCGGCGACAUGUGCACGGCUCAGAGGGACUGCAUGAGUGCAAACUUCUACCACGACAAUGGAAGCGUCAAGAAAAACUCGACGCAGCUCACGUGCUCGCUGUACCGCGUCGUCGCGGGCCAGAAGGACGCCAACAACUGCGGCCACCAACUGCAGAUGGGCAUGAACGGCAUGCAGAACUCAAUCACCUACAGCUACCUGCUCGUCAAGGGCACCCAGUAAAUGGGCUGCCCACCCACCUGAAGGAUUCAACUCCUAGCCCGCUGUGUGUACGAUAGGUUCUAGUUCUUCUGUACUCGUCCCGGCCCUGAUCAAGCCGAGCAAUCCAAUCUUUACCUUCGACUAUAGCCGCGGGAGGCGAAUCGAU